AGCUUGGUUCAUAUGGCCGUUGGAUAAUGCCGACUGGAGCAGACAACAAUGGCGUCGUCUCUCUCGUCGAUCCACCGCGCAGGAGGAAACUCCUUCAUUCUCUCUCCUUCCCAUAUCAAGACCCGAAUUUCAUCCCGCCAUUCUUGUCACCUCACUUACUCUUUUGUCACCCCCAAACCCACCACUAUUCCACCUCCCUCUUCUUCUUCUUCUUCCCCUAACCUUCCCUUCAAACCUCUCGGCACUCACGCCGUUCCCCAAAACGACGCCAAUCCCAGACCCAAGAUCGCUUAUCGACGCCAAACCACCCUCACCCAAAUCGAGAAGAAAUCACCCUUCCCUCGCAAAAGCAACCACCAACCGACGAAGGACGAUCAGAAUGAAACGUUUACAAACUACCCAUCGCUUGAAGGCCCAGAUGUAAAUGUUGACUUGAUGAGUUUGUGCCGAGAGCGUAAGGUUAAAGAAGCGCUCGAGGCCAUGUCUCGAGGCGUUCGUGCCGAAUACCACGAGUUCGAAAUGCUGUUGAGCUCGUGUGCGAGUCGGAAGUGGCUCGAUUUUGGGAAAAAGGCUCAUGAGUUCUUGAUUCGGUCGGAUUACAUCGGAAAUUUUGAAUUGAAUGAUAAGUUGAUCGAAAUGUAUGCGAGGUGUGGGAGCGUGAGGGAUGCUCGCAAGGUGUUUGAUAAAAUGCGCGAAAGAAACUUGAGUUCAUGGCACCUGAUGAUGAACGCGUAUUCAAAUAAUGGCGAAGGGGAGAACGGGUUGCUCUUGUUUGAGGAGAUGAAGAAGGCAGGGGCCAGGCCAAAUGCCGCCACUUUCAUUGCAGUUCUCGCAGCUUGUGCUAGUGCAGAGGCAGUGGAAGAAGGACUUGUACACUUCGAGUCUAUGAAGAACUACGGAAUUGAACCCGAGAUUGAGCACUAUUUCGGGGUCAUUGAUGUUUUGGGUAGAGCUGGACAUGUAAAUGAGGCAUUGGAGUUUAUUGAGAAAAUGCCAAUUCAGCCCACGGCUGAGAUUUGGGAGGCUUUGAUGAUCUUUGCUCGGAUACAUGGAGAUAUUGAACUUGAAGACCAUGCUGAGGAGUUGUUGGCAGCUCUUGACCCGUCUAAGGCCGCAGCUAACAAGCUCCUCGCGCCACCAGCAAAGAACCAAUUCGCAACAAAUAUGCUUGAGGGGAAGAACAGGGUUGGCGAGUGUCGUAGUACAAAUCCAUACAAGGGUGAUGCAUAUGAGAAAGUGAAGGGCUUGAAUGGACAGAUGAGGGAAGCUGGGUAUGUGCCUGAUACAAGAUACGUGCUUCAUGACAUUGAUCAGGAAGCUAAAGAACAGGCCUUAAUGUAUCACAGUGAGCGUCUGGCAAUUGCUUAUGGUUUGAUCAGUACGCCGGCCAGGACACCUCUCAGGAUCAUCAAGAACCUCAGGAUAUGCGGUGACUGUCACAACGCAAUAAAGAUCAUGUCGAAGAUAGUUGGGAGGGAGCUGAUCGUUCGGGACAACAAGCGGUUUCAUCAUUUCAAAGAUGGCAAAUGCUCUUGUAGAGAUUAUUGGUAAACAGGUAUAGGUCUCUGCUCAUUUGAUGUCGAGCUCCAUUCCCUGUUUAUGCUGAAUCAGUGUAAAUGGAUAUAGUGUCAAUUAUCCCUUGCAAGAAAAUUGUGUAGCGCCUCGGUGGAGAUAAACAUUAAGGGUUUUGUGCUUGAAUAUCAUCAGGUUUUUCCUCAUUGUGGAGCUUUUAUUAACAAUUGGAUAUGUAUGACAUUAAUUGGAACAUCAUUGAAGUUCCACAUAAAUUGUUAUUUUAGACAAUGACAUGUCUGGUCU